CGAUAUUGUACCACUUAUCCAUCUCCCACCACUUGGACGAGCAUUACAGAGCCCGUCCUGCUACAUAGGGGCAGCACUUCCGUCCUAGACCGACAACAUAUGACUUUCCCCUUGCCAAAGACUUGCCAAUUGCACGACAAAUGCUUUCCUAAUGCCGCUGAUAUCCCAUAACCCAUUCUGUCGCGUGCCCGAGGUGCGAAUAAUUAUCAACACAUUUUGGAUUCCCAACAAUACAGUCCUAGCCUCAUCAUGUCUGCUCCAGCCCAAGCCCACCCCAAAAAGUGGCUCAUUGCCUACAAUUCCAUCUCCGCGUCGUUGUGGUCCAUCGUGUUCUUCAACACCGUGUUCGUGGGUGCUUUCCUUGGCCAGCCAUCGUUGUUCGACUUGACUGGUAAGAUCACCAUCGCUGUCCAGUGUUUGGCAGUCACUGAAAUCUACAACUCCGCUGCCGGCGUAGUCAAGACGCCACUUUUCACUACCGUGGCCCAAGUGUUGUCCAGAUUGGCUGUCGUAAUUGGUGUCUUCUUGGUGUUGCCAAACUCGCCUGCCAACUACCACUGGGUCUACAUCACUGUUUGCUUGAGUUGGUCCAUCACCGAAAUCAUCAGAUACUCGUUCUAUGCCAUCUCUUUGCGUGGCGAAGGUGUCCCACAAUGGUUGACCUGGUUAAGAUACUCCACCUUCUUGGUGUUAUACGUGACUGGUAUUUCGUCUGAGGUCGCCAUUUUCGUGUUGUCCUUGGACGAAGCUGCCACUGCUGUCGGCAAAUGGUACUCCUGGUUGUUCAUCGCAAUCUUGGCCAUCUACGUUCCAGGCUCCUACAUCCUUUACACUUAUAUGAUCAAGCAAAGAAGAAAGGUUUUGUACGGAAAGUCCAAGAAGACUCAAUAAGCAGUUUGUCUUAACUAUUUACCACGAGCACUACAAGUUUUCACGGUUUUUGGAUUUGUCUAUAAUCUCUAUAAUAUUGCUAGUUUAUGGCAAUGUAUGUAAUUCAGUAAUAUUAUAUUACACGUUGUGAUCCAUGCGGUGGAGUAAACCAAGGGAAAAUCCUGUUCUAUAUGUGCCCCACUAUUCCUCCCGCAAACUCUCGAUCCAUCUGAUUAAACGCUCAAUGUAAUCGAAAAUGGUAUCUUCGUCAACAAACUCAAAGUUUUCUUCCAGCUUCGUCUUGGAAGUUCCACUCAAAUAACUGAAGAAGUUCAUGGAGUUAAAUUUCUUCUUGGGAGCUUUGACACUCUUUUUAUUGUUUUCAAACACUACUCUG